CGUCUGUUCGUGGCGGCGGUUCACUGCGAACGAACGGUUUUUGACUCUUCUCAGCGGAGAAACGCGUUUGGGCUUCCAUUGAAGAGACUCUGUCAAGCGGGUGAAAUCUACGACAAAAGCAACAAAUAAAGCAGAAACAACGCGUUUGUAAAGUGCAUGCCAAAAAAGAAAUAUAAAUACGAGUGUACUUGUUGUAUGGUAUUGUAUUGCAUUGUGUGUGGGUAGUAAAAGCUUAAACUAAACACAUGAAACGUAAAUAAAUGAGGCCAAUCAACAAAGGAGAGUCGCGAAUUAUGGCACAAUAUUGUCUAUAAAUAAAGUGUACCCGCCAAAGCCAAAGCAACAGAAAGGAAAAAGCGAAACAGAGAAAGAUAAAGGUCAAGCCGACUGCUGUGGAACUGGCCGAUCCAGAGGCAGAACGUCACCAGCCCAGCAAUUAUGACACAGCAGCCACCAUGGCCGAGUCCCAGGGGAAACUGCAGGCUCAUCGCACUCAUGGCAGUCGCUCUGCUUGCAGUUCUAACGCUGCUGCCAGAGGCUGGAGCACUCCCCUUUCUAUUCCCACGCUUCAGGCCGCAGAUAAACUGGACGCAGCCGCCGCUGGAGCGUUGGGUGAUCGAGGAGCAGCCGCGCAGCAUUGAGCCGCACCUGGAUCUGGUCAGUCAUCCGAAUCGCACCCACAGUGCGGCCACCUCGGGCGAUGGCUCGGAUGCAGAGUUCCUGCAGCGGCUGGUCAACAUCAGGCACAAUCAGACGUCCACGUCCCGCAUGCUGUGGUACGAUGUGGGCUCUGGGGACGGGCUCGUGUAUCCGCCGUUCGUGGACAAGGCACUGAAGCUGCUCAAUCUCAAGCAGGUGGCAUUCGAGAUCGAGAACAGUGUCAUGUCAAAGGUCACGUGCACGGCCUGCCGCGCCGGCUCCGGCAUGCUGCAGCAUCAGAUCCAGUCGGGCAAGACCGACGCGGAGCUGAUCCGCAUGAUCUCGGACUACUGCACCAAUCUGAACAUCCAGAGUGCCCGCGUCUGCCAGGGCGUGGCGCAGCUCUUUGGCAGCGAGCUGAUCUACGUGAUCAAGCGGGUGAAUCUCAGUCCCGACGAGCUCUGCAGCUUCAUCAUUGGCGAUGGCUGCGGCGAUGUCUACAAUCCGUAUCACGAGUGGGAGGUGAUCUUCCCGCCGGUGCCCAAGCCGCCGCGUCUCGCCGAUCUGCCCAUACCCAUGGAGGCGGCGCCCUUCUUCAAGGUGCUCCACAUCUCCGACACCCACUACGAUCCCCACUACGCCGAGGGCUCCAAUGCGGACUGCAACGAGCCUCUCUGCUGCCGGCUGAGCAGCGGAAGGCCCGCCACUCCGAAUGCGGCCGCUGGCAAGUGGGGCGACUACCGCAAGUGCGACACGCCGAAGCGAACGGUGGACCACAUGCUGGCGCACAUUGCCGAGACGCACAAGGACAUUGACUACAUCCUGUGGACGGGCGAUCUGCCGCCCCACGAUGUGUGGAACCAGACGAAGGAGGAGAAUCUGGCCAUCAUCAAGGAGACGGUGAAACAGAUGGUGGAGAAGUUCCCCGGCAUUCCCAUCUUCCCGGCAUUGGGCAACCACGAGAGUGCGCCGGUGAACAGCUUCCCGCCGCCGUACGUCAACCAGGUGGACAUCUCCAUCAGCUGGCUCUACGACGAACUCGAUGUCCAAUGGCGCCGCUGGCUGCCGCAGAGUGUCACCCACACGGUGCGGCGUGGCGCCUUCUACUCGGUGCUGGUGCGCCCUGGAUUCCGCAUCAUUUCGCUGAACAUGAACUACUGCAACAACAAGAACUGGUGGCUGCUGCUCAACUCCACGGAUCCAGCCACGGAGCUGCAAUGGUUCAUUUACGAGCUGCAGAGUGCAGAGUUCUCCAACGAGAAGGUCCAUGUCAUAGGCCACAUACCGCCCGGGCAUUCGGAUUGCCUGAAGGUCUGGUCGCGCAACUUCUACAAGAUUAUUUCACGCUACGAGAGCACCAUCACGGCACAGUUCUAUGGCCACACGCACUACGAUGAGUUUGAGAUGUUCUACGAUCCACACGAUCUGAAUCAUCCCAACAGCAUUGCUUACAUCGGACCUUCUGUGUCGCCGUACUACGAUCUGAAUCCUGGCUAUCGCGUGUACUAUGUGGAUGGGGAUCACGACUCGACGACGCGUCUGGUCAUCGAUCACGAGUCCUGGAUAAUGAACUUGAAGGAGGCCAAUCUGUACGGCUACCCCAUCUGGUACAAGCUGUACACAGCCCGUGCGGCCUACAACAUGAAGGCGCUGCGGCCCAGCGAUUGGAACAAUCUGAUCAACGAACUGACCAACAAUCAGGAGCUCUUUGAGCUCUACUACAAAUACUACUGGAAAAACUCACCGGCGCGGCCCACCUGCGAUGCCGAGUGCAAGAAGCGGCUGAUAUGCGACUGCAAGAGUGGACGCUCACACGAUCGGAAACACUUUUGCACGGAUGUCGAGUCCAAGAUCGAUGAGGAGUCCUCCAAGUCGUGGAAGUCGUGGUUCUAUCGCGGACUGACCAAUUCCUAUAGCCUGCUCUCCUCGAUCACCUAUCUGCCCAAAUAUCUGCUGGGAUAUCGCUGACCUGCUGAGCGGCUGAGCUGCUGAGCUGCUGAGCUGCGCCCCACCCAGAGAGUCCAUCGGCAAAGUCAAUGCAAAGUCCACGCGGAUGCAAAAAGCCUACUGAAUAAGUUUACUAUGUGAUAAUUAGUGCUUAGAACUUAGCUAAGAAUAUUUGUACUCGAUGUCGCCGUCACACAGCCCACAGUCCACUGCUCCCCAAUCCCCUACGAAGGACAAAACUGAGUCAAUGAGAAAUAGUCAUUUAAAUUUAAUUGAACGAAUCGUCGUUGAUCGUCGUUGUUUUUUGUUGUUGACGUUUUGCUAUUGUGCAUUGCAUUCGCUAUUGUGGGCGUGGCAGGGUUCGCCUUUCUGCGUUAUGUUGAAAUUGUUGAGCAAAUUAUUGUUUAAUUCUGUAAAUUGUAAUGAGUUUUAGGGCUUAACGUAAAUAAAGUGCAAUUAAUUUAGUUAUAAA